AGGUGGGUGUGCGUCAAGUCCGCUACGACUUGCUGGCUACCGACCGACCAUGGACUCCCAGAGGGGCUCCCUCCUACCCCGGGACGGGGAGACCCCGGAAAAGGAGAUUCAGCUGCGGGUGACCCCAUUGGAGCUGAAGUUUCUGGACGCGCUGGCCGGCAAGGUGUACCGCCUUCCAAUUACUGUACACAAUCUCGGCCGUUGCAACCAAAAGAUUCGGUUUCAGGAGCCGGCCAAAUCACAGUUCAAACUGAUUUUGAACAAUCUGUAUAAAGAACUUGCUUCUGGGCUUCAUAUGACAGCUAUGGUAGAAUAUCAUCCUGAAAAAGAUGAAGACACUUUUGACCAACUACUUAUUUCAAUAGGAAAUAAAACAAUAGAGAUCCCUCUAAUUGGGUUGAUUCCAUCUUGUCAAUUAGAAAUCGAGUCAGAAGUGAAUUUUGGCACACUGGUUACCAAUAGUAAAGUAUAUUGUAAAGAGGUUCAUAUCACUAACCAUGGCAGAGUUCCAGGUAUAUUUAAAGCAGAAUAUGAGGGCCAAUUACCUAUUGCCAUUUAUCCAACUAAGGGUAUUGUGGAGCCGAAGUCAUCAGUGAUUAUUAAAGUGGAUUUCUGUGCAGACCAGCCCAGAAUCGUAAAUGAAGUGGCAAAAGUAAGUUUGCAAGGUCGUCCAGAAAUACUACUGAAUAUCAAAGCUUGUGCGGUUGAACAGAUUAUUGAAUUGUUGAACAUGAGUUGUGACAAAAAGUUGGAAUGCAUACGCUUUGGUUCUAUUUUCUUUGGAACAUCAAAAAUUGAACAUGGACUUCUAUACAAUAAAAGUCCAGAACCGAUACAUUGGGUGGCCAUAAUGCAGGAUGAUGCAGUUGGAGAAGAAUUGGGUACAAAUAUUCAACAAAGAACGGAUAUUGCUUUACAUAAUCUCACAUACUUAAACAAAAUAAAGAACACAGAUAUUACCACUUUUAUGUCCUGUGUUCCUAAUGAAGGGAGGUUACUACCUUAUCAAAAGAUUGUAAUUACAUUUUGUUUCAGCCCAAAGUAAGCAAAAAUUAAUUCCGUUAUGAUGUUACUUAUUAAUGGAAAGAUAAUUAAUGAUCCUUCACACAGGCAGGACUAUGCUGUCUUUUUGAGAUUUGAGUCUGUAGGAAGUAAAGAUGGAUUUUUGAGAGAUGAUAAUAAAAACAUCAAAAGUGAUCGAUUUCAGAAUGUGGAAGUAGCAAUGACAGGCUCGGGACUUCAUGUCUUACUACAUUUUGGUCCAGGAAAGGUCCUUAAUUUUGCACCAUGUUUCAUGGGUGGAUAUUCAGAGUGUCUGUGUUUUAUGCAAAAUUUGUCCAAAUCACACCCUGUGAUGUACCAGUUUAAAAAAACUGCACAUUUUAAAAUUGAUCCUCAAAGGGGCAAGAUUGAAAAGGAUGGGUUGGCAAAUGUGAUAUGUUCCUUCAUUCCACAUCAAGUUGGAGUCUUUAAAGUGAAGCAGUUUAUAGACAUUAUUGGCCCAGUAAUAGAUGAAAAUUUGCAGUCUUUAUCACUGAAACCUUUUCACCGAGUAUAUUUAGAUUUCAACAGUGUCUGCAAACCUUGCACCAAGAAAGCUGUGAUGAAAAUUAAUCCUGGUAUAUCCCCUUUGGUCAGUAAUCCUGCUGGACAGAUUGUGGCCAAAGACUUGACAGCAUACAAGGACUGUGCACCUGUCGCAAUGCUGCAGUCAACCCUUACACGCAUUCACGAUCAUCGCUCAAGUGAAGAGUCGAAGGAUGCGCCGAUAGCCUUUCCCAAUGACCGAACUGCAAGUAUCAGGUCUGGAGAGCAGAAUAGACAUUUCAGGAAAAUUUUCACAAAGAUUCCAAGAUACAACUAUGUGGAUCCUGAUUUUGCAUAUACUGAAUUUGAAAGAAUAGAAAAGAAAGCACAUGACAACUAUUAUGCAAGAUACAUUGAACAUUCAAGAAACAUGCGCCUACAGAUACAAGCGGAGAGGGCAUACGUGUAUUCAUAUAACGAUACAGACAUAGGAGUACAGCCAGGAUCAGGUAUGAAGUCACCUUCCCUCUCAGCAACAGAAAUAGAAGAGGAGUUACCUUCAGCAGUGUGUCAGAUCAGACCUAACCAAAUGCUAAGUACCACGAAGAUGUCAUCCAAGGAGACAGCAUCUCUGAAAAGAAAGGUUCUCAAAGGACUUAAGUCAGGCCCAUGCACACCCCAUGAAAAACAUGAUUGUAGCUUAAUUUUGACACCAAAGCAAAUUCAUCAAGUAAUCAUUGGGCCCUCUGUCCUUAACUUUGGUGAAGUUUGUGUGAACUCCACAAAUACUCAUCUAUUGCAUGUUAUUAAUAUGCUACCUAUGCAUAUUUUGAUCCAAUUAGAUAUUAAUUUGGAAGAACUUCAGAAAACCAAGCAGUUUUCAUAUGUGGUUCCACCUACAGCUAGUACUCAUAUUUCAAUAAUAUUUGACUCUCCAGCCAUUGGAAAAUUUUGGAAGGCUUUCAGCUUUACAGUGAAUGGAAUACCCAGUGGGCACAUCCUAGUGACGGCAGUUGUCAUCCCAGUAAAACUUGAGCUAUCUUCUCAUGAGCUAGUAUUGAGACCACAAGGCUCCUCCAUGAAAACAUGUUUUAGGGGAAUGGUUAGGUUACACAAUUGUCAUAAUUAUUUUCCCCAGUUUGAAUGGCAACCAGUAAACACAGGAAGAGGAAUGGCAUUUUCCAUUCAUCCAGCUAAAGGUACAGUUGAACCAUACUCCUCAUUGGAUUGUGAAGUAACAUGGCAGCCAAGUUUCAUUUCUCCAGAAGAGGGAGAAUUUAUUCUUCACAUCAAGGAAGGAAACACACUGACACUAAAAUGUGUUGCACAUGUUGGUCACACCAAGGUCAUGUGUUUGCAGCCAAGGAUAAUCUUCAGUAAUAGCCCUCAAGGUUUGACAACUUGGAAGAAAGCCAUUCUUUCCAAUGUUGGACAAAACCAUGCAUAUUUCAAGGUUUGUGGCCAGAGUCUUUUGUCUACCAUUAAUAUUGUUCCAUCACAUGGAAUAAUUCCAGUGGGGGGGCUAACUCUUCUCAACAUCUCCUGUACACCAACUGUGGCAGAAAACUUUGAUACAAUAGCUGAGGUAUCUAUUUGUCAUAGAAAUGUCUUAGACCUUAGGAUUGGUGGAUCUGUUGAGAUUGCUGAUGUCGAAAUUAAUCCGGAUGUAUUUAACUUCAGUGGCACAUAUAUUGGCACCACUCAGGUUAUUCCAUUUUUAAUAAAAAACAAAGGUAUAACGCAUGCAAGAGUGGAUUUCAAUUUAGAAGAGCUUGAAGAAUUUUCAGUGGAUUUUAAAGGUAAAUCAGGGAAAUUCACGGGCCCUGCAUUUCCCAAAAUAAAUUCUUUGAAGUUAAAGGAAAAUACAUCUCUGCAGCGUGGUAUAACAUUUUCUCCUAAAGAAGUGCCAUUUCAUUUUCUGUUAAAAGCAGAAAAAAUUAUUCCCAGGAAUAUUCAGAUCAAGGUCAAGAUCAACAUAAUCAAGAUCAACUACCCUCCUGUCACAAAACAGUAUCCCAACUAUCCAAUGAGUUUCAUGAGGAAGACUCAGGUAAAUGGAUUCUUUAAAGAAUGGAAAUUCUGCCUGUCUGGAGUGGGAUUAUUCCCCCAGCCUCUAGAUAUAGAAAGAGUAGCCACAUACCUCCAUCUCCGUACAUCUAUCAUUGUAUCUUUCCAAAACCCUACCCAGGAAGAUGUCUUAGUCAAUAUCAUACUAACAACUGAGAAGCAAUCACGUGUUGUACAUGAAUUCCGUCAUCAGAUUGCUUAA